UGGGAUAUGAUUUAAGGACUCCCAAGUCUCACAUACAUAAGUUUUAGAAGUCCCGCAGAGAGUGAAAGAGCUAGCUUGAGUCUUAAGAUAACCUAUUUUCCAUUUGGGGCUAAGAGUAGAGUGGUUGAUGGGAAAGGUGGGUUUUUGAUCUCAUGGAGACAAGAAACGGGUUAGUGGGUUGGGUGAAGGAAGCAACAGCAACAGAGUGCGAUGUUGGGUUGGGUUUGAGGAUGCAACCUGCUCAAUCAUUUCCUCAGAAGAUGAUGAUGGUGAUGCCACAUCAUGAUCAUCCUUCUCAUGAAGCUCUGCCCAGCAAUGGUGGUUUUGGUUGGGAAACCGGUGGUGGUAGGCAUAUGUUCUGUAACACAAGUAACCAAGUGGCGCCUAUGAGGGAUAUAUACGAUCUUGUUGUUGGUGCUGAUGCUGGUUCUGGUGCUAGAGCUGCAGUGGUGCCAAAGCCUCUGAAUCCCUCCAACACUGAUAUUUUUACCUUCAAUUCCUCAGGAGGUAUGGCAGCAUCUGAAAAUGUGAGAGAUCCUUUUACAGCAGCUCAGUGGCAAGAGCUUGAGAGACAAGCUAUGGCUUACAAGUACAUGAUGGCCUCUGUCCCUGUCCCUCCUCAAAUCCUCGUACCCUUUACCAAAAGUCCCUCAAAUGUUGCUCACUCCCACUCCAAUUAUGGAAAUGGUGGUUCUUGGGAAUUGGGGUUCUCAAACAACUCGGAUCCAGAGCCAUGGAGGUGUCGGAGAACAGAUGGGAAGAAAUGGCGGUGCUCGAGAGACGCAACGCUUGAUCAGAAAUACUGUGAGAGACACUCUCACAAAAGCCGUCCCCGUUCAAGAAAGCCUGUGGAAUCAGAAGCCCAAUUCAUCAACAACAACGAAAUCAACAAUAAUGCCACUACCAAGCCUUAUCAAAAGCCUCAUUUUUUUAACCGGACAUGUCACAACCAUCCAUGUCCUACAACCAUGGUCUCUGUCUCUGCAACAUCAUGUGAACCAUCCAGGUGCUUGGAGUGGUUCACGAAAGGAGAAAGCUUCCCUGUGGCUGGCGCGACACAAGAGUCCUGGCAGCAAAUGAUGCAGUUCAAUGUGGAAUUAAACAACUGUGUUACACAUGUGGGUGAUGGCCAAGGACUGCAAACUUUGGAAGGAGCUCUAAACCUCAACCACACGCAACAAAAGAGGCAUUUUCUUGAUGCGUGGUCCACAGCAGAGGGAGAUAAUAAUAAUAUUGGUGAAAUUAACAACAAUUGCUCAAAGCUACCACUUUCAGACCUUGCACCAUCAAUGUGUGUUGGAAAUGAAAUUAAUGAAGAAAGCAAAAAUGACCAAAUGGGUGCUGGAACUUCGGGUUCAGAACGGGAGAAUGGAGGAGACAUGAAAUCCCCGUGGAUGAAUUCACUUUCGUGGAUGAGUUCGCCACCUGGUGGACCAUUAGCAGAAGCCUUGUACCUUGGCAAUAUUGAUGGUUCUGCAAAAGCUGGAUCCCCUUUUGGCUGCAGCAAUGGCGCCACCAGCAGUAGAAGCCCAUGCAGAGAGGGUGGGAAAUGACUCAAUUCAAUCAGCUGAGUAACACAAUAAAGAUUCUAGCUAGCAAUUUUACUAUCCGCAUUGCUUUCAGACAUCCAAUGUGAGAGAAUUAAUAUAGAACUUACUUGUCCAAACAAGUUUUCU